UCACACGGUGCGCGCCGGUUCGCGAUAAAAAAAAAUAAAAACAAAAAAUACGCAAAAUGUAUAAAAAGUUGACAACAAACUGUCACAGCUCAGUUGUCGUGGGCCCGUGUGCAUGUGUGCAUGUGAACUUAUAAAUUCAAAUUUAGAGCUUUCUUGAUUUGGAUUACGUGUGAAAAUGAAGUCGUUUUUUGUUAUUAUUUGCUGUAUAGGUUUAAGUUAUGAAGCUGAAUGGAGUUAUGAAGGCGAGCAUCAAUGGCCCGGCGUUUGCAGUUCUGGCACCCAGCAGUCGCCCAUCGACAUCUCGACGCGGGACGCGGUGGUAGACCGGCACCAAGCUCACAUCCGGGGCCCUUUGGUCUUCCGGGGCUAUGAGCAGGUCACCACCACGGCACACAACAAUGGACAUACCUUACAAUGGUCUGCAGUUCCCGGAACGGCAGCCCCCGUAUUGUCUGGCGGUCCCCUAAGAGGGAACUACACCUUUCUCCAGUUCCAUCUUCAUUGGCUAUCUGAACACGCUAUCGAUGGUUUCAAGUAUCCCUUGGAGAUCCACAUGGUACAUGUCAAGACUGGGCUAAAAAUAGAGGAGGCCCUGGCGCGCCCUGAUGGACUCGCUGUUAUAGGGGUGCUUUGCGUGUUGAAGAGUGGGGCAGCAGCAGAACAUGCCCUUGCUCAAAUCGUUCCUUCUCUACCUGAGCUGACCUACCGUAUGGAUCCUAACAACCAAACCAUGGCUGAAAUCAUCGAUUUAUCCCGCCUCCUAAGCCCGGACCCACAGUCGUUCUACACGUACCACGGCUCGCUGACCACGCCCCAGUGCCAGGAAUCCGUCACCUGGAUUGUAAUGGACAAGCCGCUAGUAAUCUCUGAUAAUCAGUACAAACUGUUCAGCAAGAUCGACAUCGGCGGGAAUACGUUCAACUACCGCAGCCUGCACCCCGCUAACCGCAUCGUCUACCGCUCCAUGGCCUCCUGCGCUUCCAUCACCUCUCCAACUUUCAUUGGUUUUCUUCUCUCCAUCGUCAUGUGCGCCAAGUCCAUCAUGGCGACCACACUGAUCAAAGGCGUCUGUAUUAUUACAAAUAUGAAAAGGAGACUUUUUGGAUAUAGCAUUAAGGAAUGCAGUAAGCUUGACUGAUUGUCUUCGACGUCUUUUCCAUUCAUAUUUUAAUAGCUUCCUUUUCAUUUUUAAUAGACAUCGUCGUUAUUCUGGUCGUGUAAUAAUAUAAAGAAGAUAGUGCUCACAUGGAUUACAGAGUACAAUAAGUUUGUGUAGACUGUGUCUGUUUGUACGAAGUGUGUGGAAAAUCUGUGGUCUGUGGCUGUAUGUACAU